AUGGCGGCUCCCAGCGGCCGCCGGCCGCAGCCCGUGGGGCUGGGUGGGGGCAGCGGGGCCGCGGCCGGGCCCGGGCCCGGGGCUCUGCGGGGCGCCGAGGAGGACGCCGAGGGUCUCUACGUGGCGGUGGAGCGGUGUCCUCUCUGCAACACCACGCGCCGCCGCCUCACCUGCGCCAAGUGCGUCCAGAGCGGCGACUUCGUCUUCUUCGAUGGGCGCGACUCCGAGAGGUUUUCAGACAAGAAAGAAAGGCUGAUGCAUCUUAAAACCAAACAGAGAGAAUUCCAAAAACAUGUUUUGAAGGCCAUGGAAGGGAAAGAAAUAACUGAUCAGCUGAGGUGGAAAAUAAUGUCUUGCAAGAUGAGGAUUGAGCAGCUGAAACAGACCAUUUGCAAAGAAAAUGAUGAAAUGACAAGACACACGGAGGGGCUGCUGAGGAUUAAAGAGGAGAACCAGAAGCAUUAUCGCAGGGCUCAGAGGCAUCAGGAGAAGAAGGAGAAGAUCCAGAGGCACAACAGGAAGCUGGGAGACCUGGUGGAGAAAAAAACCUACGACCUGAAAUCCCAGUAUGAGCACUUGGCAAACCUCCGUCGGUCGCACAUCCUGGAGCUGACCUCGGUCAUCUUCCCCAUUGAAGAGGUGAAGACAAGCAUGAGGGACCCUGCAGAUGUGUCCUCAGAGAGUGACAAUGCCAUGACCUCCAGCACUGUGAGCAAGCUGGCAGAGGCACGGAGAACCACGUACCUGUCGGGGAGGUGGGUGUGUGACGACCACAACGGGGACACCAGCAUCAGCAUCACAGGGCCCUGGAUCAUCCUCCCCAACAACGGGGACUACUCAGCUUACUACAACUGGGUGGAGGAGAAGAAGACUACACAGGGGCCUGAUAUGGAACAUAAUAACCCUGCUCAUACCAUCAGUGCUGCAUUGUGCUAUGCAACUCAGCUCGUUAACACUUUGUCUCUCAUACUUGAUGUAAAUCUUCCCAAGAAGCUCUGCAACAGUGAAUUCUGUGGAGAGAAUCUCAGCAGACACAGGUUCACACGGGCAGUGAAGAAGCUGAAUGCUAAUAUCCUUCACCUCUGCUUCUCUCAGCAUGUAAAUUUAGAUCUGUUGCACCCCCUGCAUACCCUCAGGAACCUCAUGUACCUGGUCAGCCCAGACACUGAGAACUUGGGCAGGUCCGGCCCCUUCGAAAUCAGCGCUGACCUGGAAGACUCCAUGGAAUUUGUGGACCCCAGCGCGGCGGGCGAGACGGACGAGAGCGGCGACGAGCACGUGAGCGACGAGGAGACGGACCUGGGCACGGACUGGGAGAACCUGCCCAGCCCCAGGUUCUGUGACAUCCCCUCGCAGCAGGUGGAGAUGCUGCAGAGCCAGAGCACCCAGGUGUCCCAGCCCAUCGCCAGCAGCAGCGCGGGCGGGAUGAUCUCGUCCGCCGCCGCCUCGGUCACCUCGUGGCUCAAGGCCUACACCGGGCACCGCUAGCGGGCACACAGGAGCCGUGCCAGGGACCUCUCCCCGACUGUGCUGUAGUCAACCUUUACCUAUUCAGUUAAGUAGUGCCUGGAACUAAGGAAAGGUCAGACUUCCGUUUUGUAAACCGGAGAAAACCUUUUUAUUUACCCAAGAUGACUGUGACGGCCCCGUUUUGUAAAUUAGCUCCGUGCUCCCGACGGAUUCUGUGAGGGCACUUUGUGUCUUGGUUCUGUCUGCAUCGAGGAUUGUAAAAGGACCCAGCAACCUCCAGCUCUACUUUCUGAAGAAGAAACAGAUUUUGGAGUGUUUGGAUCGGGAUGUGAGCGCAGGGAAGGCUGCUCAGGGCGCGGUCUGGACAGUGGUGCAAAUGCAGUUCCCAAUUUCUUAACUCCUUACAGGGUUUUCCUUUGUGUGUGUGUGUGUGUGCGUUUUAAAUCUGUCUUGCAUAAUGCAAAAAUGCGUAUUUCUAAAUUUUUUUCAUUCAGGACAUGAAAAUUAUGCAUUUUUAACAUGUUUUCUAAUCUCUGUUGCCAUAUUUUUAAUACAAACAAUUAGCAUGGACAGGGAAUUCACAAAGCAAAUUGCUGUUGUUUUAGAUUUGGUUGUGGAUCUUUACCCAGUUUUGCCAUAGAAAACUGGCUUGUUUCAUGCUGUUUCCACUGGUAGGUGUAGAAGUUUUGUGUUGUGCUGUCUGAGGCACACAGGCUCUGUACUCUUACUACCAUACACCAAAGAAACACUGGACGUUCUCUUGCUAGACCCACAUUCGAUGCUGAUACAGAAUUGCACUGUUGCAAUAAUGCCCAUCAGUUACCACACCACAUUGCCACUUUUUAGCAUUAGAAACACCUCAUUUCAAGCCAGUUUGGUGAAGUCACACGCUCUCCACACUACAUGUGUUUUUAACCCUAUUUUAUUUUAUGUUCAUGGUGGGGUUUGUUGUUUACUCACUGCCAAGAAAUUGGUUUGGUUCCCCUGGUGCAACUGGCUCAGGCUCCUCCUGGAACCCCAGGAGGGUGGGUGCUGACAGGUGACUUGGUGAGCAAGGGCUCCUCCUCUCCCUCUGCCUUGCAGGACAGGGCCCUCCCGGGUGGUUUGCUCAGCAGAGCUUCCAACGUUUACAUUUAGAGCUGGGACAGUUCCCCCACAGGGUCAGCCCACGUCAGAGCCUCCUGCCCUCCUCCUCGAGGGAGAAUUUCUGCCACUGCCCUGCAGCUUGUGGGGACACAGCAAGGCUGUGGGGAGUGACACAGAGGCCACAUCCCUGCCUGAUCCCAGCUCCAGGGCUGGCUUUCCCAGCCUCCUCACGGGGUGUUUUGUGGUUAGCUCUGUUCCUCUCCAGCCCAGCCAGCGCUGCCUCUGUCCCCACCCAGGAGGGGUGGGAAGCCAGGUGUGGCAGUGCCACCCCUGUGCCCCAUGCCAGGGGCCCUGCUGAGUGUUGUGUCACCCACCCCUCCAUGGCAGCUGCUUCUCUUUAGCCCUGAGCUUGGGCAUCUGUUGUCAGUAGUUUCUUUUAAUUUUUCUUUUUAUCUUUUUUUUUUUUAAACCAAAGACCCUUAACUCCACGGCGUCAGACACCACCACCCUCACUGCUGCCGCUCCUCUGCUCUAAGAGUUGGGUUUGUUUUAGGAGAGCAGCCCAGGCCCCUGGACUGCUGCAGCCUGAUGGGGGCCAGUGCCCCCAGCCCCGCUGCCAGGCCGAGCCCGAGGGUUUGGGCUCUGUUGGCUCACGGCACUUUAUCACUCACAGCUCUGAGCAACCAGCACACGCCAGUAUUGGAAACUGGGCUCACAGCCCAGCCCCUUCUGCUUCCCCGUGUAUUUUGCACUGGACCCCACCAUCUAAAUACCUUUUUGUUGUUGUUUUUUAAUAGGCAUUUCAGUCCCUUUUUCAUUGCUGCCUUUGUGCUUUGAGCCCCGGAAGGUCAGGCCAUGACUCAGCUUCAUGCACUGUCACUGAACUUAGGGAAAGAAAACCCAACACAAUAACUUUUCUAGAAGCCAUAUACUUCCUAUCCAUGUUUUCCACAAUAAUUUAUUUGCAACCCUGUCAUACUCUGAGAGUGCACAAGGGCACCGUGAGGGUGUUCAGAUGCAUCAGGGUGGGGCUUUUCAUGGAAUGGGGUUUUUUUGUAACAGAACACAAGGUUGUGGUGGCUUUUUUAAAAGUGUUUUGCACAUGUGUACCUGAGGAAGAAUUGUGUGUGUCCAAACCUUGAGUGCAAUCACCAGGAUUCGUUUUCCAGGUUGUUUGGGGGGGGGUGGGGGAGGGAGGGCAGGAAUAUAUGUAAUUAUAGAUAUUUGAAGGCAGCCAGCUGAGAGUUUACACAACAUUUUGCGUAGCAUGAACACGGGAAUUUCAGUUCAGGCUGGGACUUCUGGUCAUGACCAGUGACCUGGGGUGGCCAAUUUGGGCUGCCAAGGAAGAGCCUGAUUUUGGGGGCCAGCCCUGUGCCGAAAAUCAGGUGCCUGUGCAGGGUCUCGGGUGGGACACCCAGGGGUGGCUUUGUCACCUGCGGAAACUCGCGGUCCCUCUCUCGCAACUUCCGGACUUAAGAUGUAACUAAACACAAAUGGUUUGGUUUGGUUUUUUGUUUUUUUUUUUUUUUUUUUCUUCUAAAUUUUAUUGUAUUAUUGCAAUAAAUCUUUAACAGUAAUUUUUUUAAAGUUGU